UAACCUAAGCUAAUAAAAGACAAGAUCGGCUGUGGAACUCUUUGCCAAACCUCAAUACAAAACCCUCUUCAAAGAAACACACGUCUCUCUCUUGCCCCUUGCUUGUCCCAAAACUAAACUAUGGAAGAGGACGAUGAGUUCGGAGAUUUGUACACAGACGUUCUCCGACCCUUUGCUUCUUCAUCAUCGUUAUCCUCUGCGCCUCAACCCCACCAAUCUUCACCUGCACCCUCUUUCAUCGAUCUCAAUCUCAAUCUCAACGCCCCACAGAUCUCCUACGCCGCUCCCCACUCUGAUUCCUCUGCGCCCGAUCAAAUCACUCCUCCCGACCGCCGCGAAUCCAUCCCUGCUGCCGUCGCCGUUGAUGCCGUGAUCGACGGCGGCGGCGAAGAUGCUUCUGGCGACCCGCGAGUCCAUAAAGAUGAAGAAUCAGCUGAUGGAGACGGGGCUAGGGUUCUUGAUGCAGAAUUCGCGGAUAGGGCUUCGACGGAACGGGUUGCCGUGGACGAUGGCGGCGAAGUUGAGGUCAAGGGCGUUGAUCUGGUGGACAGAGAGGUGAAAUUUGAUAUUGAGGACGAUGCCGGCAACGACAUCGGUUCAGAGCCGGUUAUUCCGGGGUUAUCAAGUGACGCGGCAGCCGGAGUUUCGCUGAGGGUGGAUGAAGGUGGUGACAACGGAGGUGAGGGCGAUGAUUGGGAUAGUGACAGUGACGAUGAUUUGCAGAUAGUGUUGAAUGACAACAACCACAUGGCAAUGGAAAGGGGUGGGAUGGUGGAUGAUGAUGAUGAGGAAGAUGAAGAUGGUGGACUUGUUAUUGUGGCAGGUGGUGAUCCGAAUCAGGGUGUGGAGGAGCAAGAGUGGGGCGAGAAUACAACACUGCCUGUGGAUGGUGAGAGGAAGGAUGCUGCAGAAACGGCGAAAUGUGCUGCUGGCGGUGGCGGUGUGUCCUUGGUGCCUAAAAGUGGGUAUGGCAAUCAUGGGUAUCACCCAUUUCAUUCCCCGUUUAAGUAUGUUAGGCCCGGUGCGGCACCAAUGCCUGGAGCUACUACUUCUGCUCCAGGAGGACCUCCUGGUCAGAUUCGUCCAGUUGCUAACAUGGUCGGUCGUGGCAGAGGGGACUGGAGACCACCUGGAAUAAAAGGAGGUGCUGCCAUGCAAAAAGGUUUUCAUGCUGGUCCUGGACUACCUGGUUGGGGAAGCAGUGCAGCAGGCCGGGGUUUUGGUAGUGGAUUGGAAUUCACACUUCCUUCUCACAAGACUAUAUUUGAUGUUGAUGUUGAGAGUUUUGAGGAGAAACCAUGGAAAUAUCCAAAUGUUGAUGCAUCAGAUUUUUUCAACUUUGGUUUGAAUGAGGACAGCUGGAAAGAUUAUUGCAAACAGCUGGAGCAACUACGCCUGGAGUCUACAAUGCAAAGUAAGAUCCGUGUUUAUGAGAGUGGUCGAACAGAGCAGGAGUAUGACCCAGAUUUGCCCCCUGAAUUAGCUGCAGCUACUGGUAUACAUGAUGUUCCUGUUGAAAAUGCAAAUUCUAUGAAGUCAGAUGUUGGACAAAGUGAUGUCAUGAAAGGUUCUGGACGUUUGCGUCCACCACUACCAACUGGUAGAGCAAUACAGGUGGAAGGUGGCUAUGGCGAACGUCUUCCUUCCGUUGAUACCCGUCCUCCUCGAAUCCGUGAUUCAGAUGCAGUCAUUGAGAUUGUUUUACAGGAUACAGAAGAUGAUGAUUCAUCUGCAGGAAUCGGUGUCCAAGAUCAACCAGAGGGUGGAGAACCUCGGAAAGAGGAUUUUAUAGAAGAUCAUGUAGUUGGAGAUGAAAUUCCAAGGUUGGAGCCGGAGUGUUUUGAUGGUUUUCCACAGGAUUAUAAUGGUCGAAAGAAAGAGCUUGCAGGAAGAAGAAUGCCAUUUAUGAAUUCCAACCCUGCUAACAUACCUAACGGAGAUCAGAAUUUGUUCUUCCCACAGGAAGAACCAAUCAACUACACUGGUUCAAGGGGCAAAAAUCCUAGGUCCUUUGGUGGCAAUUUCAGCUCCUCUCGUGAGGAAAGGCAGAUGCAAAAAAGAGUGCGUGGUCAGUCUCCUCCUAUUACUCCUGUUCGAGAAUUGACAACUGAUGACAGCCAAAAAGAAGAGUCAGUUGAAAGCAUGGGAGGUAGAAAUAGUGCACUUUUGUCAUCUCCUGUCAUUAAGGAUGUGAAGGAGUUUAGUGUGGAGGACAAAGAUACUGAGCUUGAGGAAACUGGGACAGCUGAUGAAAGUCCCAGAUUGGAAAAGGAGGAAAUUGAUUUAAAUACAGUAGACAAAAUAGAUAUCCUUGAGGAUGGGAUAGCAAAAAGACAGAAAUUAACAUCUCGAGUUGAGCAACCUUUGCUUGAUGAAGUUGAUGAUUGGGAGGACUCAAAAGCUGCAAGAAGCAGUGAUAACAGCAAAGCAAGAUCAGCAAGCAGCAGGGAUAACCAGAAGCGGCAGGAGGGUUUUGAGGAAGAAGUAGUUCAGGAUCCCCAAUCAGCACAUCUGGGUAGCAGCAGACUGCACCCUGAUGAAAAUGAGCAGGGAUUGUAUAGAAGAGAGCAUGAUGGAAAGCAAGAACCUGAAAGAAAUCGCAUGGUGCUUAAAGGUAGAGAGGGUUCAUAUCCUCACAAGGAUCGGCAUCCUAUCUCAGCUCAUCAAUUGCACACAAAUACUGAUGGAUUUGAUAGGCAAAAAGAAAGGGCUGACAUGGAUUGGGCACGAAGAGAUGAUGAUCUCUAUAGCAGAAGGGUUAGAAAUGAUGAGCCUAGGAAGAGGGAUAGGGCUAAGGUUCGAGAAAAUGAGAGAAAUGACAGAGAAGAUAGCCUUCAUUCUAGGAAACAGUUGGAUAAUGGUAGCUAUAGGGUUCCUUAUGAUAAGGAUGUUGGGUCAAGACACAGGGAAAGAGCUGAGGGCUUGAGGAUUAGGUACGAAGCGGUGGAGGAUUACCAUAGCAAGAGGAGGAAAGAUGAGGAAUAUCCUAGGAGGGAGCAUAUUGACAAAGAAGAAACUCUGCAUGGCUAUAGAGAAAAUGCUAGUCGACGCAAGCGAGAAAGAGAUGAAGUAUUGGAUCCACGGAAGAGAGAUGAUCUACAAAGAAGUAGAAAUAACCUUGAUGAUCAAUACGCUAAUCGGCAGAAAGAUGAGGCCUGGCAUCUGAGGGAUAGGGGUGAUAGGCAGAGAGAUAGGGAGGAGUGGCAUCGGAUGAAACAAUCCCAUGAAGAGCACCUACCCAAGCGUGAAAGAGAAGAAGGACGGAGUUCUGUAAGAAGUGGACGAGGAGUUGAAGAUAAAGUAUGGAUUGGCCAUGUUAGGGCUAAAGAUGAACAUAAAGUUUCUGAAAAGGAAUACCAAUCUAGAGAAGCAAUGCGACACAAUGAACAAUUGAAGAGGAGAGACCGAAUUCGGGAUGAAAGUCCACAUCAUAAGGGGCGUGAUGAUACUUAUUCCCAGGGAAAUCAUUAUACUAGUGAGGAAAGGCGAUCAAGGCAGGAAAGGUCAACUAGUCGUAGUGAUCGUGUUGCUAAUGCUUCAGAUAAUCCAAGAAUGCAUGAUAGAAAGCAUAAAGAGGGCUUGAGGAGAAGCAAAGAACCUGAUGUUAGUGAACUUCAUAGUUUAGGCCUGUCCAAGAGAAGUCAAGAAAAUCAAAGUGGUCCAACCAAUGAGAAGGGCUUGAAAGGAUCUGGUAACGAAGAACGUCCUGAGCAUGAAAUUCCAGGGCAUCGCUUGUCCAAAAAACAGAGAGACGGCAUGUCCUCAGAUGAUGAACCGCAAGAUUCUCACAGAGGACGUACUAAAUUGGAACGCUGGACCAGCCAUAAGGAAAGAGAUUUUAGUAUCAGCAAGUCCUCUUCUUCCCUGAAGUUCAAAGACAUUGAUAAGGAUAAUAAUGAUGGGUCUAUAGAAGCUGGGAAACCUGUGGAUGAAUCUGCUAAGACAGUUGAUGUUGAGAACCAACAUCUCUUGUCAGCUGAAGGAAGGGAUUCUGUAGAUACGGAGAGUAGGGAUGCUGAUUCAAAAGAAUUGGGGGAUCGGCACCUUGACACAGUUGAGAGGUUGAAGAAGCGUAGUGAGCGUUUCAAGCUUCCCAUGCCAAGUGAGAAAGAGGCCCAGGUUAUCAAGAAGUUAGAGAGUGAACCACUGCCUUCUGCCAAAACUGAAAAUCCAGUGGAUUCAAAGGUCAAACAAGAGCGACCUGCCCGAAAAAGGAGGUGGAUCAGUAACUAAAUGAGACAUCUGGGGCCAUCAUUAUUAGGCUGAAAGUCUAAUCUAGUUUUGCCUUGCAAAACUUUCUGCUAUCUGAUCUUUAAAAAAAUCUUGAACCCUGGCAAACCAGCCAUGCUCAGUGUCCAAUGUUGAAAACAGAACCUACUAAGAGUUUGGGAUAAUUUGUACUUCAGUAAUGUAAUCAUGUAACCAUACUACCUAUAAAUUCAUUGUACACUGUAUAUACAGGUAAAAUGUAGAACAUGAACUGGUUACUACAGGUGGCGCAUAUUUUGGGUGUCCAGAUGUGGCUCUUACUUGGAUGAUCUGGGUUGAUGAGGAUUACGUGGUGAACGUGACGAAGACUGGAUGCAAUGUGACGUUCAGAAACCAUUUGCAUGGCUGGUGAGGCAUUGAGCCUGAUACUGUCACCUUCCUUUUGUGGCCUUGCAGGUCCAAGUAUUUGGAAAACGAGAAACAUGUUGGUGAAGGGCGCUCCAAAUAAUGAUGCUUGCUUCCUAACCGUGUUUUUUUAUUUGUCUUUUUGAAUCAUAGAUGUCAUGGAUUAUUUUUCUGUUGUCUUCUGUAAGCAAGUACUGAUUGCGCUCUUUUCUAUAUCUUUUUUUAAUUUUUUAUGCGGGAGUCAUGAAACUAAAGCGUUGAGCUUUUGUUGUAUCUAGAAAUUAAAUGACACGUAGUUAUAGGUUAGG